GUUUGUUUCAAAAGAAAUACGAACAGAUCAUAAAAAAAGCUAAAAUAGCAGAAACUCGCAUUAAAUUUUAAAUUAUUAAAAUUAUGAGAGCUUAAUGUAUUAAUUUAAUUAAUUAAUUUGAUAUCAAUAGAUGAUGUCUUCCUUUGAAGGUAAGCUACGCGUCUUACUGGCGUUCUUAGUCUUGGACAUUUUUGCUUUUAUUCUUUUAUUCAUAUCGUUCGUCACUCCCUACUGGAUAAUAUCAUGGCCCAGAGUUUAUUCAGGAUUUCGAAAAAUGGGCCUAUGGGAGGUAUGUUUUGCUGGGAUGUUGUUGGAGUACGACCCAGCUCAGAAGGCUUACUAUGGUUGCUGGUGGAUCCUUGCUCCAGAGUUGUAUGAGAUUCGAUCCUUCAUUAUGCCUCCCUGGUUCAUUGUCAUUCAGAUCCUUGUGACUAUCUGCCUAAUGCUUGAGAUCAUUCUCGUCAUCCUGGACGCUGCACUGUGGGUUGCCUCCUUGCAAAGGGACAAUUCAGGCAUUGGCAGGAAGAGAGCUCCUUACUCAAUGGUACAAUCCGUGACUUGGAUCACUGUUGCUACAUGUGUGAUGAAGGUAUCAUCGGUGUUGAUAUUUGGUCUGGCGUACAAGUUCGAUCCAUUCUGGCUGCCUCAGCACGAGAUCAACUACCCACACUUCUCCUACGGACUCCUCAUUGUCUCAGCAUUCUUCAGCAUAUUUUCAAGCGUUGCUCACAGAGUGCAUAGGAGCAUAGUGAAGACUGAUGAUUAUAUCAAUCCUGCCACUGGGGCACGAGGGUACUUCGUUGCUGGUACCCAAAAAGUUUGAGGAGUGACAGAUCAGAUUGACACAUCAAAAAAACACCGAAAUAGUCCUUUUUAUUAAAUUAACAAUUAUAAUUGAUAUUUAUACUUAUUAUAAGAACUAUUAAGAACUAUAACAGAAAUAAAAUGAACCGUUUUAAAUAUUUUUUUUAAUUAUAUAUCGUUGUAAAGGAGGUUUUAAAAUUGAAUGUUCGUGACGUUUGAUUUAUUUUCAGUGACAGCACUUUUCAAAACAUUUUGAAAAAAUUCUAUUGUCACUGCAUAACUGCUCAAAAAUUCAAAACUAAUGUCCAAAAA